AUGGGUGAUGAGGAUCCAUACGACGCUUUCUUCAUGCCACAACCAGCCAAACCUGCUGUUGGAGAUCUCCCGGACCCAGCUGUUGAUAGACUCCAUGCUUUGGAGGAAAAGUUUAAGUCCUUGGAGGUUCACACUACUCCCGGUUUGGACGUUGUUGACAUGUGCCUGGUGCCAGGACUCGUGAUUCCACAAAAAUUCAAAAUCCCAGACUUUGACAAAUACAAGGGGAUCACCUGCCCGAGAACUCACCUCAGAGCUUACUGCCGCAAAAUGGCCGCCCACAUUAGUAAUGAUCAGCUCCUUAUUCAUUACUUCCAAGAUAGCCUCAGUGGGGCAUCUUUGGAGUGGUAUAUGCAAUUAGAAAGAGAUUAUGGUUUUAACAUCAAAUUUCGUGUCGAUUAUACUGCUGUUUCUGCGUCCGAAGCUGUGAUAAGUUUCUCUUUAAUGUUGAAUGAAAAGGAGAAUAGUAAGCCUCCGCUUCACUGUCUCUCGACUGCAUCACCCGAAUGGAACAACAAAGCAGACAAUGCAUGGCAACUAAUAGCAGCAACAUUAGUGGGCCUGCAAAGUGUUCCUGGGCUUGUAAUACUUUAUGGCAGCAUGGUUAAGAAAAAAUGGGCCGUAAACUCAGCCUUCAUGGGCCUAUACGCAUUUUCCGCCGUGUUAGUUUGUUGGGUUUUAUGGGCCCAUCAAAUGGCAUUUGGGAACAAGCUUUUUCCUUUUGUUGGAAAACCCAAUUUUGCAUUGAAUGAGAAGUUUCUACUUUCAAAGGCAUCAACACAAUACUAUUUACCAAUGGCUGACUUUGUUUUUUACCAAUUUGCUUUUGCUGCAAUUACUCUUGUGUUGCUUGCAGGGUCGUUGCUUGGGAGAAUGAAUUUUUAUGCAUGGAUGUUGUUUGUUCCUAUGUGGCUUACAUUGUCUUACACUGUUGGUGCUUUUAGUAUAUGGGGGAAUGGCUUUCUUGAGGGGAAAAUAAUUGAUUAUGCUGGGGGGUUUGUUAUUCAUCUAUCCUCUGGUGUUGCUGGUUUCACUGCUGCUUAUUGGGUUGGUCCAAGAAGUUCAAAUGAUAGGAAAAAUUUUCCACCAAAUAACAUAAUUCACAUGCUUGGAGGUGCAGGGUUCUUAUGGAUGGGUUGGACAGGUUUUAAUGGUGGAGCACCAUUUCAGGUUGGAGAAAUUACAUCCUUGGCAAUAUUCAACACUCAUCUUUGUACUGCCACAAGCAUACUUGUUUGGCUUUCUCUAGAUAUGUUUGUAUACAAGAAAGGCUCAUUGAUAGGUUCCGUCCAAGGAAUGAUCACUGGUCUAGUUUGCAUCACACCAGGUGCAGGAUUGGUGGUUCCAUGGGCUGCAAUAUUGAUGGGAGCUUUAUCUGGUUCAAUCCCAUGGUACACGAUGAUGGUAUUGCACAAAAGAUCAUCAUUUUUUCAAAGUGUAGAUGAUACAUUAGGAGUCUUUCACACUCAUGCAGUGGCUGGUAUUCUUGGUGGAAUCCUUUCUGGUAUCUUUGCCAAACCCAGUCUUUUGAAGAUGCUCUAUGGGCCUGAAACUUCUUAUGGGCCUGGCUUAUUCUACAGUUAUUUUUACGGUAAUGUGGGCCAAGGAAUCAGGCAAAUAUUGUACCAAUUACUAGGAGCAUUUUUUAUCACUCUUUGGAAUGUUGUUAUCACUAGUCUCGUUUGUAUUAUUGUAAGUCUCAUUAUGGAUCUUCGAAUGCAAGAGGAAGAUCUUGAAGUUGGUGAUGAUGCUGCUCAUGGAGAAGAAGCUUAUGUUCUAUGGGGUGAUGGAGAAAAAAGGAUACUCCCUCUUCGUAUACAUAUAAAUUCUCCAACAAUUAUUUCUAUUUCUCACCAAAGACAUUCAAUUCCUAUCAAUAAAAUUGAUGAAUAAUCUUUUUUAUUGUGGGAGUGUUAAGUGUGAGUAAAAUGUCAUAUAUUUGAUGGAAAUGUGUGUCAAGUAACAUACAAGUGAAAAAAAGAUUGAUAUAAUUGAUGAAAAUGCAGUCUCGAAACCAUUCUUAAUGGAAGAGACACGUAGAGCAAAAGAAAAAAGUUGUUCUAAUACUAUUAUUGUAUACUCAUCUCAUUUAUGUUACAUUUAGUGUUGAGUUAA